AUGGUCCAUUGGUACAUGCAAAUUGUCCUUCCUCACGUACGACGUUGGCGAUCUCUCGAUGUCAACUUCGCACACCAAGCACAUAAUCUUGGGAAGGCAACCCUGCUGGGUUUGUCUUCUCCAGCACCCUUGCUAGAAGAAUUAUCACUUAGAUAUAGGGACAUUGACGAUACUCAAGAAUUUCUUCUCUUUGCUGCAUUCACCCCACGUUUGCGUCGGUUGACGGUAGAUGGAAUACGGCUUGUAUGGAUGCCUUCUCUGUUUGGAAAUCUAAAUUUCCUCGAUUACACGCACCACGGAUUCACCAGCGGACAUCAAGCAGUUCAAGAUAUGAUUUCUGUACUUGCGGUUACCACCAGGAUAACCGAACUGCACGUUCUAUUUCCUCGAGGACACCUUGCCUGCCUCCCCUCUCGCCGUCAAAUCGUCACUCAACAUGUAGUGUUACCCUACUUGAAACAACUUGUCCUCAAAGUCGAUGGCUCCGAUAUUCCGUUCGAAAUUGCACAUCUGGUUACACUCAUCUCGUCACCCAAUAUUUCCAUCCUUCGACUGAUUGAUCUAAAACGCGCACACCAGUCAUAUCAAAGUUUAAAAUCCUUUUUCUACGUAUACUCCCUACCACAGAGUCUGCGUUCCAUUUACAUUGGACACGCUUGGUACGACCCAAGCAUGGUUAACGCCAUGAUCAAUUCACUCCCUCACUUGUGCAAAAUUUCUAUCAGAAGAUCGCGUUCUCCAGCACAGGCUUUGGAAAUGCAUCCUCGAGCAACAGCAAUGUUUGGUCCUGCUAAUCAUACCAACAGAAGAAUCUUUUACCCAGCUCGUUUUGACGACUUUGACAUUCAAUGUUUCCAACCUAGCAAGUAA